AUAAUAUAAAAUUUUAGCCAAAAUAAAUAGAUGCCUGUUCUGUUCCAGUUUUUUUUUUAAAUUAUUCUAUAUUUAUCUUUUAGGCUGAACAAAGAAAAUAAGUAAUCGGCGGCGGAAAUUUUCCCAAAGAAAACUUUCUAAAUUGAUAUAUAUAAUAGAAAAUUUGCUAAAUCUAAGCCAAUAUAGAGAAUUUCCCGCGAAUAUGCGCGCAUGCUAAUCUUUCUUUGUUUAUUGCACAAAUUUCAAGGACUGGUACAGUAUAUUUGUGAUCAGAAGGGAGUGACGUUGCCUUACAUUGUGUCAUGAUACAAACUACAAUUUAUAAAAUUUCGAGAUCAUGUAGGCGAGUUUUCAAUUUAUUUUAUGGAACGAAUAGGACCGAUUUUACCGUUCUUCUGAUUAUGCAAAGUUGAAAUCUUGGCAAGAGUUACUUUCUUUAUCUUUCUCCCACUAAAUGGACAACAAAGUUGGCCAAAACGAUAAACAAAAUAAUGUGGCAGAGGAAGAGGUAGCUCCACCUCAGAAUAUACAAGAGAACGUGGUUGUAAAGGACCAAAUUGAGGGUGAAAAAGAGGACGGCUCGCCAACAACCUUAACGCAGAAAUACGUUGUUGUAGGUGACACCAACCAGUCGAGCACAACAGAAGCUGAGGGUAGCUCACUUGAGUCACCAAAAACGCAAAAAACUGCGCUGCAGUCAGAUUAUAUACUUACUACACAAUCGACUUCUAAAUCUAUACCUACUACUUCCUCAAAUCCGUAUAGACAUAAUACAAGUGUCUUGAAAUCCGAAAAUUAUAUUUUUUCAGACUCUCAAUCACACACUCAUUACUCAGGCACAGACAUUGAGCAAAAAAACUUUUCAAAAAUUGCCGAAGACGGUACGUUAACUCCAAGACUCACAGAAAUGGAAAAUUCAAGUCCUUCAAUAAGUCCUGGACAACCUAAUACAUUAUCAUCGAAUGUAAGUACUUCCGGAAUAACAGCACCUAAGCGAAUAAUUCGAAUAGACAGAGAUUAUACGAGUGGAGAACUAUGUCAAUUUCAAACAGCUUUUCCUGUAGAAAUUGAUGGACGGAUAACCCCGAGGCGAUUUCAACAAACAAUAAAUACGUUGAAUGACUUGUUGGCAAAGGCUCACAAUCCAAAAUAUAAUUUUUUUGAUAAUUGUCUUGCUUGUCUAACAAUAUACACAUCAACGCUAUGCUUACGACCGCAUUUUGAUCGGAUGAUUGAAGAAAUAUGUAAAUUUCUGGAUAAUGAGAAUAUAUCCUCAUAUAAUUCACAGGGGCUUAAUUUCAGAGAUCCAAGGCGAACUUCAUUUUUAUUUCUUGAACUUGAACUAUACUAAGGAUCUUUUUUCUUUUGUAGUUAUCUUUAUAUUAUAUGUUAUCAAUCUUGUAUAUCAGUAAUGUAAAUUCCUUUAUAGAGUCACCAACAAAAUUCUCGAAUUCGGAUAUCCUACCGUACGAAGUAAAAUAAUAAUAAUAAUAUUAAUGAGAAAAGGAUAUAGGAGUGAAAUUCUUUGUUUCUUACCUUUUUUUUGUACUUAGUUUUUAAUGAACAUUGAUUUAUUUAAAUUCAAAUAAUAAUUUUUCAAAAGAUCUAUUGAAAUAUAAUAAUGUGUUCUAUUAUUAAGUUUUUCUAUAGCAUUUAUUACAUUCUUCCUAGCCUCCCUUUUCCCCUUUGAAAUUCAUUUUAUUUCACAUAUACAUUUCAUUACAUGCCUGCAUCAUAAAAAAAAA